GAGUGUGCUCGGUGGUCGGGCUUGCUUGGACUCGGAAUUGCAGCACAGAUUUGAUGCACAGCGAUUUGGAACUUCUGUGACUUUGGCUGUGUUUCCAAAUUGCCAUCAGUACUGAAAAUUUAUAGUGUACGUAACGGAAACUCAAGAUUUUCAGUACUGACAGCAAUUUUGAAACAGCUUUUAUUUUGGGACGCUUCUACGUCCAACGUGAACGUUGAACUACGUGGCCAAAUGUCUACAAAUUUUAUAGGAAAAAAAAGGAGAGAAGAAGGUAGGCGACUAGACGAAUGUUCCAACAACAUUGCGGUGGCGAUGGAGUUUCCAGAGUUCCGACGCGUUUGUGCGACGCUGCACCUGGGUCAUCUCGGCGUCGGAGCGGCCUAUCCGGGGAUCCUGCUUUUACGCGGACACUUUAUGCCCCCGAUUGCGGGCGACACCGGAACGCUCUCAACUACACUCGGCGACCAUCCAGAAUCCUUUUCCGAUCGCAAAACAACAACGGAGAGAAGAGCGCGAUUUAAUUUAAGGAGACCCUACGAAGCCGCUGCACGGCGCGGCGCGUUUCCAUUCUCUCCCCGGAGUUCGGCGGCACGUUUCAAUAAUCGUGGGCACGACAACGACGACGAGCUUUCUCGUAAACCAGAUCUAUCGCCGCGGAGCGACAAAUCUUAUCGGGACGAAGGAGAGUAACACAUACGGUAACGCAAUAUUUUCAAAUACCACGCGCGCGGCAUUUGCUCUUGAUCACCACUGCGUCGGAAAUUUUCGCCUAAGAAAAUUUCAUCAUCUACUUUUCUUCAUCUACUUCUUCUUGUGAAUGCAUACUUGAUAAAUAUAUGUAUUAUUGCUUUAGAUCUGCGCGCACGUAGAAAUUCUAUAUUAAUUUUCUUGCCAAGAAAAGUGAUUGCUCAAUUUAUUUUCUUUCUCUUUCUUAUAGGUAACAGUU